GCUUUGGGAGAAUAUCCUGACGCAAAGAAGAUCUUGGAAGCACAAGCCAUGAAGAGAAUGCAGGAAACAAAGGGAGUACGACAAACGGAUAAAGCACCUUCUCCUACUAAUAUUAGUUCGAAAACAAAUCACGAGUUCCCUAAACGCAAAGCUAGUGAUGUAUUUAGUCAAGUCAUGAAACAAGAAGGAUUUCGGAAGUUGCUGUCUUCUAGAGAUAAUGAAAUGCACGAGUUAAAGAAGAUGGUUGCUGAAAUGAGAGAACUAAGUAGAAAACAGAAAGAACCAAUGAAUGAGGCUUUAGAAGAAAAGUGCCGCAGUAUGGAAAACAAAAUUGCUGGUAAAGAUUUGGCUUUAAAACAGGCUAAAAGAAGAAUCAAUCAACUGGAGACCUACGUCCGAAUUCGAGCCUACAACGCCAAAUUCCAAAGACACAACGUGCCUGCGUCCGAUCCAAUAGUCCAGCCACCCAAAGUUGUUAGACAGUCAUCGAGUAUUCCAAACGGUGUACCGAGGGCAAGAAAACUCUCUGGGAAUUUACCAGUGUUCAAUGGCCACAAUUCCCAAGAUCACGAAAACUCCAGAAAGGAUCGUCAAUCUUCUUUAGAAAGGGAGAGCUCUAUACCCGACCAUAUUGGAUACAAUCAUUUCGUAAACAGACAUGAAACUAAAAAUGGGUCAUGCACUUCGGAGAGACACAAUGAUCACGCAAAUGGUAGUCCACAUCAUUAUCGAAAUGGCGGACAGCAUCUAACAAAUGGAAGUCGUCGUAAGGAACAUCAGUAUCUCAAAAGUUCGACUAAGUCCCAUGAUGAUCCCUUUCAACAUCAUACCCAUCAACAUGGCAUGUCUUCCACCGAAAAUGAAAAGACAUUUUGCACAACGUCAAAUUUCAUCGUCCAAUCUCCGCCGAAAUGUACACAAUCACACAUUUCAGCAGAUGAUGCAAUCCCAUGCACAAGCAUUCUUCCACCUCAUCAGAGAGUCCUAAAGUCCCACAAUAGCUUUGACUAUCCUAGUUUUAGAACGUUGGACCUUACUGCAAGUCCCAGACUAAAAUCAUGGUCAAGUGCUGACAGUUUGAUUCCUCGCCACAGCAUUUCAACUCGCAUCAUUUCAAAAGACAACAUUCCAAAAGAUUCUACUGGUCAUCCAUGGAUUGACACUGAAAAGCCUAAAUCAGACGUGCCUCACUCCACCGAAAUCAGCAAAGUUAAUGACAUUGUUUUUAAUUCAGGGACUCAUAUUUCUACUGCAACAUUCACAGUUGGUGCUCCGAGGGUCAAAUCUGAAAUUUCGGAUGAAGACUCUUUCGAUAAAGAUUGUGUUCAAAUGUCUUCUAAUAAAAAAUUACGGAGCUACAUCACGAAUAUUAAAUUUUCAAGAGGAAAAACUGUCAAAAGUGAUAGAACAGAAAUCCAAAAUGGAGACCCAAAUAUGAAAAGUUCGCCAAUGGGCUCACCAAGACCUCUGUUGAAGUUUUGUAAACGGAAUUCAGAGGAAACGAUUGAUUCGGGUAUAAGUGAUAAAGAUGAUGUAAACGAAGAAGAACUUAUUCGGUUAAUGGAACUUAUUUCUAAAGACCAAUCACUUGAUUCCAUCAAUACGUCACUAAGUGAGAAUGACAGUGAUCUUGAUAGUGACGCAGAUUUUGAAUAG